AUGACGAGAAACGCCACAUCAAAACCCGAAACUGGAACUGCUUUCCCUUCCAAAUUGUCCAGAAGUUCAACCGCAGCACCGGUGCUAGUAACAGCACCUGUGCCAUCCAUCCUAGGCGCCAUCGACGGCAUUCAAGAGACCCCUGGUGCCCCGGUCGUGAGACACAAGGAAGAGGCCAAGACAGUGGAACUGGGACCAUCGGAUAACAAACCAUCGGAAACACCUGUAGCUAAGAUACCUAAGCGGGUAGCUGAGUCUUCAGAAAUCGAAAUAUCCUCUGUCGUUGCAGAUGUUGAAGAGGGCUCCCGUCCAAAUGAGCCUGCUGAGGACGCUUAUGCGCAGGACAAGUCCGUAGCACUGCCUAUUUCUGAAAACAUCCAUACCAGAACCACGAGACUUUUGGCGAUUACUCCAUCAUUCACUGCGAAGCCAUACCAGACUGGUAUUCAAGUCCCUUCGCAGGGUCGAGUAGCCGACGGCUUCCCUUACCCGCCCGGGCUGGCUGCUUAUGAGAUACUCGAGGAAGACUGGAAUAAAUUUACAGCUUAUCUGACCUCACUCAUUACCCCCCAACGUAAGAAGAAGAAGAAGAAGACUCCGAUUCGCCUGGUUCUUCCGUUUGGUGGGCGUGGCGGGAAAUCCGAGAAACUCGACUUUCAAAAAUCGCUUUCUAAGGUUUUCGAAUAUGUUCGGGCAUCCCAGAAUAACCUGUUUCGCCCCAAGGGUCUCCUUAUGAGGGUCGACAUACCAGAGGAAGGUGUCGGUAUGGAGUUCAUGGAUCUAUACCAUGGAGGACAUGUCGACCGCUUAUCCGACACAUGGGGAAUCGAGGCUAGAGUGGCAAAUGCUGAGCCCGUAGCUGAUGGUGAGGAAAUCGAUACUACUGCGGAGGAUGUUGCAGCACAUUCCAAAGUAUCUAGGACAGCACUACAGCCUAGCAAGGCCCAAACCAAGGCCAACAAGGUCCAAACCAAGGCCAACAGGGCCCAAGACAAGACGCUUGAAAAGGCGAGAAAGCAACAACUAAAGGCUUUAGGCCACCUAAAUAACGCACAGAAGAAGAUGUCACAACGUAUCCGAAUAGUUAUUGAGCCUGUCACGGUCCUGGGAAAUGUAGAAAGGUCCGAUAAGAACGGGUGGACAGCUUGGAUUCGCCAUUGCGACAACUAUGGCUCGCAGUUGACCAACUGA